CCCCACCAUGGAUGUGCUGCUGCCGCUCAACGCCAGCGCGGGGCCCCCCGACGCCUCCGCCUCCGCCUCGCCGUCCGCCUCGCAGCUGCGCCCGGUGCCGGCCCCCUACUCGCCCGCCGCCGUGGCCGCGCUGGCCGCCGUGGUGGGCUUCCUCAUCGUCUUCACCGUGGUGGGCAACGUGCUGGUGGUGAUCGCCGUGCUGACCAGCCGGGCGCUGCGGGCCCCCCAGAACCUCUUCCUGGUGUCCCUGGCCAGCGCCGACAUCCUGGUGGCCACCUUGGUGAUGCCCUUCUCCUUGGCCAACGAGCUCAUGGACUACUGGUACUUCGGCAAGGCGUGGUGCAACAUCUACCUGGCACUGGACGUGCUGUUCUGCACCUCCUCCAUCGUGCACCUCUGCGCCAUCAGCCUGGACCGGUACUGGUCCGUCACCCAGGCCGUGGAGUACAACCUCAAGCGGACGCCCCGCCGGAUCAAGGGCAUCAUCGUCACCGUGUGGCUCAUCUCGGCCGUCAUCUCCUUCCCCCCGUUGAUCUCCAUGUAUCGGGACCCCGACGGGGACAUCUUCCCCCAGUGCAAGCUCAACGACGAGACCUGGUACAUCCUCUCCUCGUGCAUCGGCUCCUUCUUCGCGCCCUGUCUCAUCAUGGUGCUGGUCUACGUCCGCAUCUAUCGUGUGGCCAAGCUGAGGACCAGGACCCUCUCGGAGAAGCGCACGAUGCCCGAGGGCUCCUCCCAGACUGAGAACGGGCUGAGCCGGGCCACCGGGGGCUGCACCUCUCUGAGGAUGCAGCCCGGAGAGAACGGCCAUUACUCGGUGCACCAGUGGCGCAAGGCCUCCGAGCUGGAGGACAUCGAGCUGGAGGAGAGCAGCACCUCGGAGAGCAGGAGGAGACGGAGCCGGGAAGAGCACCCCCGUAAGAGCAGCAAGAGCCAGUCCUUCUCCUACUCCUACUCCUCCAAGCACUCCAGCCGCCUGUCCCGCACCAGCAGUCGCUCCGUGGACUUCUUCUCCUCCCACCGCCGCAGGAAGCGCAGCAGCAUCUGCCGCAAGAAGGUCACUCAGGCCCGGGAGAAACGCUUCACUUUUGUGCUGGCAGUGGUCAUGGGGGUCUUUGUGGUGUGCUGGUUCCCCUUCUUCUUCAGUUAUAGCCUCUACGGCAUUUGUCGAGAGGCAUGUGAGGUCCCUGGGACACUCUUCAAAUUCUUCUUCUGGAUUGGGUACUGCAAUAGCUCCCUCAACCCGGUCAUCUACACCAUCUUCAACCAGGACUUCCGCAGGUCCUUCAAACACAUCCUUUUCAAAAAGAAGAAGAAAAACUUCAGGCAUUAGGUUGGGGUGAUGCAGAUGGAGGAGAGGUCUGCGCUGAGCCAGAGCAGGGAGGGGAACAGGUUUGCCCCGAGACAGAGUAGAGUGAAAGGGGGAAGGGGCCUGCAUUGAGCAGGCAUGGCAUGGAGAUGAAGGAUCUGCCCUGUGUUAGAGUGAACCAAAGAAGGGGGUUGGGAAGGCUUUGCACUGGGCAGACUGGAAAAGGGGAAGGGAUGUGCAGUCUGAGCUGGAGUUAUGGAGAAGGGGUCUGCCGUAAGCUGGUGGGGAUGGUGACAGAGGAGUCUGCAGUCAGUUUGAGCAGAGGGCUUUGUACAGGCUAGAGAGCAGUGGGGAGGGGGAUCUGCACUAUGCUGGACCAAAGCAGAGAGGAGAGGAGGAGGAGGAGGCUACACUAGAUGAGCUGGAGUGAAGUGAGAGGUCUGGGCCAGGCUGGAGUGAAGAGGAAGGGAGGGCCUGAGCACUGGAGCAGGGAUGGGACGUGAAAAAUAAAAAGGAAGCAGUGUUGGGGGUGCAGUGUGUGUGCACUGACCCUGAAGUG